AUGUUGAGAGCUAUGACAAAACCACAAGCACUAAAUGAUAGCAAAAUUAUAAGAACCAGUGACAAAAAGACUACAACAAACCACAAGCAUCUAACCAUGGCGAAAUCACAAGCUCCAACACACUUAAAAUUACAAGCACCAAUGACUAAAAAAGCUACAAU